AUGCUGUUUUCAUCCAAUGCGAAGCCCUCAAUGUUGGCCGCCAUCAUUGAGGCCCUCAGCCUGUUGGGCUGCGACCCCGGCACGCCCUGGCUCGAGCGCGCCGCCGCUCGCGUCGCCGCACAGGGCCCGGCCGCCGCGCCGAUGGGCCUCACCCCGGCGUCGCGCUUGGCGCUGGGGCUCGCGCUCAUGGAGUGCAGUCAUCAUGAGCAGCAGCAGGAGCAGCAGCAGCAGGAGGAGCAGGAGGAGCAGCGCACGGCAGCGGUGCAGGGCCUGUUCGCCGCCGCGCUGCGCGGCGCGCGGGCGGCCGCGCCCACGACGCCGGCGGCGUUUAACGCGGCUGUCAGCGCGGGCGCCCUGCUGUGGGCGGCGGAGCUGCGGGACCUGGGGGCGGCGCUGCAGGCGCUGCGCCUGGCGCCGGACCCCGGCACCUGCAGGGACGUGCGCGCCGCGCUGGGGAUGGCCCUGGAAGGUUUGAAGCCGGGGCUUGAGGCCGAGGCGGCCGCUGCUCGCGGGGCUGCAGGGGCGGCCAAGGCGCCGAAGGGCAAGCGGGCGCGCAAGCAGUCCCCUUGGGCAACGCAGCAACAGCAGCAGCGGCGGCGGCAGCAGCAGCAGGGGGAUAUUGAGGCGGGGGCGCAGCGGGACCACACAAGGGCGGCCUUCAAAGGGUUGUCCAGGGCGCUGGAGGCGUGGGUGGGGCUGGCGGCUGUCGCCAAGGCGCGGUCCGAGCUCGUCGCCGCCGCCUCGGGCCCGGAGGAGGAAGCUGCGCGGAAGCUGCGGGAGCUGCAGGAGGUGGAGGCGGCCGCCUGGGGUGAGCCCGCGGUGGAGUACCUCAACGGCGCUCUGCAGGGCAAGGGGCUGCAGCUGGUGCGAUGCGCGGGCGGGGAGCCGGGGUGGAGGCUGGGGUGGAUUGGCGGCGAGGAGGAGGCGGUCGGCGGCGGGCGCUUGCAGGUCGAGGGCGGCGGCGAUGGCGGCGAGGACGAGGAGGACGGCACGUGGCUGCAGAUCCCCGGGCGAUCUGGGUAUGAGGGCGCCGGCGCCGGCGGUGCGGGCGGGGCGUGGGGGGCGGCGCAGCGGCUGGGGCCCGAUGAUGACGUCAUCGACGUGCUGUUGGAUGACUUGGGUCCUGCGGAGUAG